AAGAAAAAACGCGUUUCUGUUGGUGAAUUGGGAAAAAGAAAAAAGGAAGACUAAUUGCCUGUUUCCUAAUAUUGUCUGAGAACUUGAGAGCUCAGUACAAAAUAUUUUCGGGUUGAAGAACAGAAUCAGUAAAGUAUUUAGUUAGUGAUGGGGAAUUGCUGCUCGGACGUCGGCGGCGGGACGAUGGCUGUUGGUGGCACCGCCCCUUCCACUUCCUCCACCAAUCAGAACGACGCUUCGGACUGGUACUUCAAGUCUCGUGGCAUACAAGGCCUCUUCUCUCAGAUCGAGUUAUCGUUUUCUGCUACAAAUUUGCGAGACCGGGAUGUCUUCUCCAAGAGUGAUCCUAUGGUGGUGGUUUAUAUUCAAGAAAGAAAUGGAGCUUUUACAGAAGUAUUUCGUACCGAAGUAGUGCUCAAUUCAUUGAAUCCUACUUGGAUCACAAAGUAUACAAUUACUUAUCAAUUUGAGAUUGUCCAAAUCUUGCUGUUUCGUGUCUUUGAUGUUGACACUCAAUUUCAUAAUGUUGCAGUAAAGAUGCUUAAGCUGGAGGAGCAGCAAUAUAUUGGUGAGGCAAGUUGUGCAUUGUCAGAGAUUGUAAGCAAACGAAACAGGUCAUUAACCUUGGAUCUUGUACAAAGGGAGGAAUCUGUCCCAUCAAUCCAUUCCCAACACCGUGGAAAGCUUACUGUGCAUGCUGAGGAAUGCUUUAGCUCAAAGACUACAGCAGAGAUGACAUUAAAAUGUUUAAAUUUGGAAUCUAAGGAUCUUUUCUCAAAAUGUGUAUGCAUUGCUGAUUUCAAUUUUUCUUGCUGUCAUAUUUUAUUAGGAAUGUUAGUUGUGAUUUGGUUCACUUCUGGACUUCUCCUGCAGGAUCCCUUUUUGGUAAUAUCAAAAGUCGUUGAGAGUGGGAUUUCUAUUCCUGUAUGUAAAACUGAAGUCUUAAAGAAUGACCUCAACCCAACAUGGAAGCCUGUGUUUUUAAAUAUUCAACAAAUCGGAAGCAAGGAUAGUCCAUUAGUGAUUGAGUGCUUUGACUUCAACAGCAAUGGCAAGCACGAACUGAUCGGAAAAGUGCAGAAGUCACUAGCAGAUUUGGAAAAGCUCCAUUCUGGAAGAGAAGAAAUUUUUUUUUUGCCAAAUCUGGUUGGGCAUGAUAACCAGAACAAGGUUUUAAAAAGCAAGCUUUUUGUGGAAAAAUAUUCUGAGAUAAUCCAAUAUACAUUCCUGGAUUACCUAGCUGGAGGUUUUGAGCUGAACUUUAUGGUGGCUGUUGAUUUCACUGCUUCAAAUGGAAAUCCCCGUCUCCCUGAUUCCUUGCAUUAUAUUGAUCCAUCAGGACGGCCGAAUGCAUACCAGAAAGCAAUCUAUGAGGUUGGAGAGGUAUUGCAGUUUUAUGAUGCAGACAAGCGCUUUCCCGCUUGGGGAUUCGGAGCACGUCCCAUUGAUGGUCCAGUUUCUCAUUGUUUCAACUUGAAUGGAAGCAGUAACUACUGUGAGGUUGAAGGAAUCCGAGGAAUUAUGAUGGCCUAUACCAGUGCCCUUUUUAAUGUCUCUCUUGCAGGACCGACGCUGUUUGGGCAUGUGAUUAAUCGAGCUGCAAUGAUUGCCAGUCAAUCCCUGGCUAAUGAUGCUAAAAAAUACUUUGUUUUGUUAAUAAUCACGGAUGGAGUAGUAACUGAUCUCCAAGAAACCAAAGAUGCCCUCGUAAAAGCGUCGGAUCUCCCAUUGUCGAUUCUCAUCGUUGGUGUUGGAGGAGCCGACUUCAAAGAAAUGGAGAUUUUAGAUGCAGACAAAGGGGAGAGACUGGAAAGCUCAACCGGACGGGUUGCCUCCCGUGACAUUGUUCAAUUCGUUCCGUUUAGGGAUGUACAGAACGAAGGGACUUCUGUUGUUCAAUCACUUCUGGCGGAAUUACCAGCUCAAUUUUUAACCUACAUGCGAAGCAGAGAGAUUAAACCAAACAGUUAGGUUUCAAUCAAUGUUGUGCAUAUCAAAGUUAUUUUUACUUUUUUCGAUAAACCGUACGACAGUCCUUGCCUGGCUUCACACUCCA